AUGCCAUUAAUAAAAAAACCUAUGCGUUAUGCACAUCCAGAGGGACACACGGAUGUUUGUUAUUUUACUGGUGAAAAAAAAGGACUUGUUACUUGUGGAGCUGAUGGAGAUGUUCGAUCCUGGUUAAAUUUAAUGGAUGAUGAUCCAGCUGCAAGCUGUGUCUCAGAACAAGCUAUAUCAGUUGUAUCAAAGAAUGGGAAAAUAUUUGUUGGUAAUGAUAACAAUACAAUUCAAAUUCUUAAUUAUCCUGAUCUUGAAAAAGAAGGAAUAGUUACUAGAUUUUCAGCACCUAUUUCAGCAUUAGCAACAACCAAAAACAGCAAUAUUAUAGUGUCAGGAUCUUGUGAUAUGAGAAUUCAAGUUACUAAUAUUAAUACAUCGAAUAAUAUAGAGUUAUUGGGUCAUGAAGCUCCUAUACUGGGCUUGUCAUUGGAUCCAAAAGAAGAGUUUGUGGCAUCAUCAAGUGCAGAUGGCUCAAUACGUGUAUGGAAUAUUAAAGAGAAACGAGUUAUAAAUACUUGGGCUAAUGUUGUUCCUAAAUCUAAUUCAUUUUUUUCUGCUAAAGUAUAUGGUGUGCCUUCAUUUCACCCUAAAGAUGGAAGUUACCUUGCAUAUCCUUGUAUAAAAGAUGUAGUUAUAGUUGAAAGAUCUUCUUGGACAGAAUUGUUUCAUUUAAAAUGUAUUAAUAUAAAAAGCGAAAUUAAUAUAUGUAAAUUUUCUGAAUGUGGUACACUAUUAGCUGCUAGUACAGUAUAUGGAGAAGUAAUUGUUUGGAAUAUAGGAACUAAAGAAUUAAUUGGCUACAUUGAACAUCAACAAAAUGCUAAAAUUACUGCAUUAUCUUGGAAUAUUGAUAAAUCAGAUGAAAUUGCAUUCUGUGAUUCUUUAGGUCAAUUAGGAUGUAUUGAUGUGGUAAGUGUAUCUAAACCACGUAUUUUUAGCAUUUCUGAUUUAGAAACAAAUGGAGAUAUCAAAGAUAAUGAUAUUGCUAUGUCAGAAGAAGAGGAUGAUAAUGGAGAAAACGUUAUAUCUUUAAAUAAGAUCAAAGAAUCAGCAGACCUUGAAGAUGACCAAAUAAGUAAUUCUGAUGUAGUGUCUGAAAAAUCACAACAUGAUACAAACAUUCUUGGAUCUGAAAUUCACUUACAACCACCAUUUCAACCUGGCUCAUCUCCACUACAUUUAUUAUCUCGAUUUAGAUAUUAUGAUGAUGUAUAAUAAUAUAAUUAUUAUUAAUAUGAUGAAUCCAGUAUUGAAGUGGAAUUUCAUGAUGCGACAAUUCAUCGUAGUAUGCACAUUAAUAAUUAUUUAAGACAUUCAAUAGCGGCUUUAUCACCACAUGCACUUGCAUUAAAUUGUCCUUCAAAUAGUGACACACACAGUUGGGGUUCUGGGAAUAAAGAGUGGUCUUUAGAUCUUCCUGAAGGUGAAGAAGGACAUUGCAUUGCGGCUGGUGAUAAUUUUGUAGCACUUUCAACAUCUAAAAGAAAUUUAAGAAUUUUUACUGUAGGAGGCACGCAACGCGAAAUCGUAGCUUUAUCAGGUCCUGUAGUUACAAUGAAUGGAUUAAAAAAUGAUUUAGUACUUGCUUAUCACAAUGGAAUAGGAGCGUCAGGCGAUCAGUGUAUGAAUUUACUGUUAAUUCAAAUUCGAGGAGUAAAUUUACAUAGUCGAACAUUAUGUCUUCCACUGUUACCUUCGUCGGAAUUAAUGUGGUUAGGACUUUCUGAUCUUGGAUCACCUGUAAUAAUGGAUGCUGAUGAUGUUAUUAAAGUAUAUAGCAAAAAAUCUUCUCUGUGGAGAGUAGCUAGUGAUAUGAGUGAACAGUCUAAGGGCAAAGCAGAUCAUUAUUUUAUAAUUGGAAUAAGCGAAGAACAAAGUAUUGCUCGUUGCAUUUUAUGCAAAGGAAGUCAUUAUCCUCCAACUACUCCACGUCCUGUAGUCUCAGAAAUAUUUUUAGCUCCACCGCUUUGUGCAAUUGGAAGCGAGAAAACGGAACAGGAAUUAAAAUUAUGGAGAUUAGGAACUAAUCCUUUGAAAGAAAAUGAAGCAGUGCUGUCUCUUAUUGCGCUUGCUUGUCGGAGUAAUUUGGAGUACCGAGCGAUAGAACUCUGUGAACAAAUUGCAUCGGAAAAAGUUAUAGAAUUAGCAAUCAAAUAUGCACGAAGACUAAAUCGAAUAACUUUAUCCAAUAAAUUGGAGACAAUUGCUGACACAAAGGAAACAGAAAAGGAAAGGGAAACUGAAAAUAAAAAUAAAAAUAAAAGUGAAAAUAAUGAUAAUUGUAAUGAAGAUGUUAAAAGUGAUGACGAACCUCUGGAUAAUGAUGUUGAAGAAUCCACAUUUUCAUUAACUACCGUAAAAAAGCCAGAUAUAGAAAUUAAACCAUUAUCUAUGACUGAAGCAUUAUCAAUAAGAAGAAGUAAUCCAUUCUUAAAAGGCGGUAAUUCUCCGACAAUAAAAGGAUUAGAAAACUUGGACAUUACUCCAGAAAAACCAGAAAAAUCACUGACAUCAACAUUAGCAUCUUCAAAAUCAAAGACAAAAGAGACAAAAAAUGUGUCAAAAAAAGAAACAUUCAUUAGUUGGUACGCGAAAAAUAAAGAAAGUUUACAAGAAGAAUUCCCAGAGUUAAGUCCUGCUGAUUUAACAAAAAAGGCUUUAACGAGGUAUAAAGAAAAGGAUACAGCUUUACCGAAUAGUAUUUCAUCGUCCUUAGAAUCGAAAAAAAGAAAAUUAAAACAUACUCCAUUGGAUGUGGUACAAAAUGCUAUGGGUGUAAUGGGCCCAUGGCAUAUUGUUAUUGCAGUAGCAUUAUCUCUUGUAAAAUUUCCAGUUGCUUGGCAUCAACUAUCUAUUGUAUUUCUUGCACCUCCAACUAAUUUUUCAUGUGCUGCACCUGUAUCAAGAACUAAUGAAUCCACUAUAAUGAAAUGUUACAUAGACGUAGGAAAUAAUACAAUGGAGAAGUGUACUAGUUUUAAGUAUGACAAACGCAUAUUUAAAGAGAGUAUUAUAACUCAAUGGGAUUUGGUCUGUGAUAGAGAACAAUUAGCAAAUUUUGUUCAAUCUUGUAUAAUGUUUGGAGUUCUUAUUGGUAAUUUAGUGUUCAGUAUAAUGGCUGAUCGAAUUGGUAGAAAAAAACCUCUAAUGAUUGCUAUAGGUUUGCAAUCAUUAACUGGAUUUAUAACUGCAUUUGUUCCAUGGUAUGAACUAUUUGUAAUAUUUAAAUUCAUUUCUGCUGUAGCAACAGGUGGUACUAUGCUUGUUAGUUUUGUUUUACUCAUGGAGAUUGUAGGAGUAGAAUGGCGUUCAAUAAUGUCAGUUCUCUUUCAUGUGCCAUUUUUAUUGGGACACUUAAUGAAUCCCUUAAUUGCAUACUUAACACGUACAUGGGAUGGUUUUCAAAUGGCAGUUUCUAUACCAUCACUUUUUUUAUUGUCAUAUUAUUGGAUUAUACCUGAAUCACCAAGGUGGUUACUUGCUGUUGGCAAACUGUCAAAAGCAGAACAAAUUCUGAUUAAAGCAGCUGGUAGAAAUAAAAUACCAUUAGAAAAUGUUAAAACAGCAAUAGAAACAUAUGAAAGUAACAUAGGAACUCGUCAUAAACAAAAUAAAGAAAACUAUAAUAUUACACACUUGUUCAGAACACCAAAUCUGAGAUUAAAAACUAUUUGUAUAUGUAUUAAUUGGUUUGUUUGUGGUAGCUGCUUUUUUGGAUUAGCACAAUAUAUGGGUUACAUUGAUGGUAAUAUCUUUGUAAAUGUUGCUGUAUCAGCUGCCAUUGAACUACCUGGAACUAUAAUAGUUCUACUUCUGAUAUCACGUGUAUCACGGUUAAAAAUUUUAAUGGGUGGAAAUAUUUUGUCUGCUGCAAGUUUGCUUUUACUGACUGUGAUAUCAAACUCAAAUUUUUCAGUGUUUUUAGCAACAUUAGGUCUUGCUGGAAUGGCACUUAGUUUUCCAACAAUAUAUCUAUAUAGCAGUGAAGCAUUCCCGACUGUAAUUAGGAAUGUUGGUGUUGGUCUGGGAAGUGUUUGUGCAAGGAUUGGAAGCAUAAUUGCACCAUUCAUUGCAACAAUGGGAAAAAUUCAACCUUGGUUACCACCGUUAAUAUUUGGAGUUGGACCCUUACUUGGUGCUUUGUUAUGUUUCCUAUUACCAGAAACAAUGAACUGUGAAUUACCAGAGACAAUUGAAGAUGGUGAAAAUUUUGGAAAGAAACAAACUAGAAAAAAUACAACAAAAUAACAUUCUUUUAAAUUACAUAUGUAAAAAAUGAUAGAAUAACGACACAAGC